GCCAGCUGUCGCGGUCCCGCCAUCCCAAGCCGGCAGUCCGAGCCCAGCCCUACGAAGGCCAAGCUUUCGGGGCGCGAACGGCCGCAGCGAUCUGUUCCUGGGACCUUUGAAUUAUUCUAGCUCUUUCGUCAGAGCGUUUUCAUCAUAAUCUCGCAUUCCGCAUCAGCACCUCGCCCCUGGCCGGCUGCUGUGAUCGACUGCUGUACUAUAGCUUUCUUCUUCCCUCUGCUGUACUACUACGCUUUUUCUGAACCACCACGCCGCUCUCUACACCCCUGACACCGCCAUGUACGUCGCCCGAACUGCCUCCCGGGCUGCGCCCGCUGUCUUCAGGGCUGGCAUGAGGACCGCUGGCCGACCCUACCAUCGCCCCAUGCCCAAGAACGUCUCUGCCAUUGCCAUCCUGCUGCCGUACCGAAGCUUCCAGACCGACACAUCGCAGACAAGUACACAAGGCAACCCCCUCCCGUCUGGCUUCAACCCCAACCAGGCGAGCAAACCCGUCGCCUCGAAAGAGCAGCAAGCCGCCCAGCAGAACAAUGCUACACCUCUCGAGAAGGACACCAUUGUCCCCAAGUCCGAGCCUACCGCAACCCCCAAGACCGCCGCCCAGGAUGCACACACCAUGAGCGAACUCGCCUCGGAAAAGGCAAACGCAGAGACCGACGCUGAGAAGAAGGCGGUUGCAAAGAAAGAGGAGAUCAAGAAGAAGUUGACACUGUGGGAGAAGGUCAAGCACGAGGCAGCGCACUACUGGGACGGCACCAAGCUGCUUGGUUUUGAGAUCAAGAUCAGCUCCAAGCUCGCCUUGAAGAUGGCUGCCGGCUACGAGCUCACAAGACGUGAGCGGCGACAGCUGCAACGUACUGUGCAGGAUCUGGGACGGCUGAUUCCCUUCCUGCCUUUCGUCAUCGUUCCCUUUGCCGAGCUGUUGCUCCCUGUCGCUCUCAAGCUGUUCCCCAACAUGCUUCCCAGCACAUACGAAGGCCAGUCCUCGAAAGACGCCAAGGCUAAGCGACUUCGAUCGACACGAAAGGAGGUCAGCGAGUUCCUGCGCACAACGCUGAAGGAGACUGGUCUGCCCAUCUCCGCUGAGAACGCACAGAGGGCUGAGUUUGCCGAGUUCUUCCGCAAGGUCCGCACUACCGGCGAGAAGCCCACCCCCGCGGAGAUUGUCAAGGUCUGCAAGAUCUUCAAGGACGAUCUGACCCUCGACAACUUGUCCCGCCCACAGCUUGUCUCGAUCUGCCGCUACAUGAACAUUACCUCAUUUGGUACCGACAACUUCCUUCGUUACCAAGUCCGUGUUCGCAUGAGGCAAAUCAAGCGUGACGACAGGGCGAUCGCAUAUGAAGGUGUCGAGACCCUUUCCGUACCCGAGCUCCAGACUGCCUGCGCCAGCCGUGGUCUCCGCACAUACGGUGUCUCUCCUGGCCGUCUCCGAGAUGAUCUUCAGACAUGGCUCGACCUUCGUCUCAAGCAAGGUGUUCCCUCCACCAUCCUUGUCCUCUCGAACGCUUUUGUCUACAUUCAGGGUAAGGAGGCCGAUGCUACAUCGCAGAUUGAUGCAUUGGAGUCUGUUCUCUCCAGUGUGCCCGAAGAGCUGUACCACGAGAUCGAGCUCGAGGUGAGCACGACCGAAGGUGCAGCUACCAACAAGCAGCGUCUGGAGGUCCUCAAGGAACAGCAAGAGCUCAUUGAAGAGGAGAACGAGCAGGCACAGUCUCACGAGAACAAGGCGACUGCUUCGCCCAAGGAUCACGAGGACAUUGACGAGGACGAUAAGCCUAAGAAGGUUGAGGCUAAGGCUGCAGCAGAGGAGAGCAACGAGGCCGAGGCCAGUAGCGGUGAUUCCAAUGCUUCUCAGGGCAGUGCUGAGCGUGCAGAGCAGGACGAGCGCGCCAGGAAGGACGAGAUGCCAGAAGGUAAGGAGGAGCAGGCUGCUCAGACCCCGAAGAAGGAGUAGAGUUGACACGAUUUCCAAUUCUACCAUGUGUGAAUAGAAUAAACUCCAUUCAAAAUGUAUCUUAGACUUGGACCAACAAAAUACCCAUUACCCCGCCUUGGGCGGACAUAUAGACUGUACAUAUAUAACAACAACCAUGAAACUGGAACAGAAUAGCAUUUCGCUGAGGGUAUCAUAUCGCUACGUCAAUCAAUGCACAACUCCAUCAAUCACCAGCUCCCCAACAUCCAAGCUCAUCAUCCCCUCUCGAUCCCGCAUCCACACAUCUCCCUCCCCCACCCUCCCC